GUGGGCGAUCGUCAACUACAUUAUGAAAUAUGCAGCAAAUGCUGAUAUGUUAAAGGCCAUGGUGGCAGAUAACAGUGUGUGUGAUCCUGAAAGCCCUGUGUCUCCUACCACUCCAGGCAGUCCUACAAGUCCAGGCACUCCUUUGUCACCAGGUGAUACUCCAUCAAAACAUAACUGUCGUGGCCAUCACUUGCAUACAGUUGGGGGAGUAGUAGAGAAGGGUGUUUGUAGUCGCUGUAGUCACAAAAGAUGGCACCUUUUAAAGCCAACCAACAAAUCUAAAGAACCAAGAAAAAGCCGCCAAGGAGAAGUUACAGUACUUUCUGUGGGAAGAUUUAGAGUCACAAAAGUAGAGCACAAAUCUACAUCCAAAGAACGGAAAAGCUUGAUGUCUGUUAAUGGUGUUGAAGGUGUCAGUGGAGAAGUGCCUGCCACACCUGUCAAACAUGGAUCAAGAGAAGUUCCUGCCACACCUGUCAGACAAGGAGCAAGAGGGAGAACUGGCACAGAAUAAUAGAUGACCUAGUUACUCUAAGGCAACAAGGAGGAAGAGAAAACACACUGAGAAGAGGAGGAGAAGAAGAAAAGACCCAGAGUAAGGAAUGUAAAUAAGCACUAAAACUCAAGCAAUUCUUCUCUACUGGUUGACUUCCUAAAGUCUGUUCAAAAUAUUGAUCUGUAUUCUUGCUCAUUGUACUAUGGAUCAAACAUAUCUGAAUUCGGUGGCAGGGCUCGUGGUGCAUUCCUGCGCAUAGUUUAGUCAUUCACAAUCAGGUUGUUAAUCCCAGUAUAAUUGAAAGGUAUGCGUACAGGUUUUGUUUUUUUUUCCCAGUUAAUUGUAAGUUUAAUUGUAAGGCAUCUGCUAUUUAUUUACAGUUCUGUUAAUCUAAAUACAUGGCAAUUACUUACAUUUGAGCAUGCUGAAAAAAGCCUGCACACAUACUGUUCAAGAUAUUAAUUUAAUAUAGUGGGCUAUCUUCUCCAGUCUGAGGACCCUCCUCCCAAAUUGUGGGUUGUCCAGACACUGGUGUUAGAGUAGCCUGUAAACUGCUUUAAUCUCUCUGUUGCCAGUGACCCUCUGAGCCCUUACAGCAGCCAGGAAUUUUCCAGAUAAAGGAAUGUUCCUGGUCUUGCAGCACUUUUUUCCUCACCAGAGCCCCUCUAGCUGGAAUUAAGGGUGGCCUAGGAGCUCAGUGAUCAAGACAUCAUUUAGUGGCCAGUUAAGUUGGACUCAGAAUUGUUUUGUGCACCUAAAGUGGUGCAGAGCAGCUUCAAUAUAGCAGUAAAUCAGGCCACUUGUCAUGAGUGGCGUUCUGUUGCAUUGUCAACAACGUACUUAAAGUAACUUUUGUAAAGGAAAACUAACAGUCUGUCAGUUUUUUUGUGGGGUAAAUAGUUUUGUUUGUCGCAGAUAGAGUUUUUAGAAGUGUUUUGAUAAUGUGCUGAAACUGAAAACUUAGGAAAUGUACUAUUAUGGGAAAUGUAUUUAUAGUUUCUGUGAAUGAAUCUAUGCAGGGGUAGGUCCUAAAUACUUAAGAUUUGUAGCCAAUAAAACAUUUCCAGUCACUAACAUAGUGUUGGAUCCUGUGAUCAACAGCCUAUUUGUUUGCCUUCAUCUUACAAAGAAAAAUUCAUGUAACUCUUGGGGAAAGCAAAAGUUCUUCUACCAAAACUUCCUCACUGCUGUGUCCAAAUUAAAAUAUUUAAUGAGCUCAGCAAUGUAAACAAUGGAAAACAUAGGCAGGUUAUAUGGGGACAGCUUUAUCCUUUAUUGCCAAAUAAGAAACUUAUGGCAUGAUGGCUGUCAUGGUUACAGGGAUAACUGCACUUUUGACCACUGUAUGGUCUCAGAGCGUUACCCCCUCAGGUCCUGAGCUUGAGGUGUUUACUUCCCCUGGGGUGGUGAUUCUCCCAUGUUUAGAGUGGGUCAUGGGCUACAUUGGAUUAAGUAUGCUUAUGCCAGCAGGUCCAACUACAUUCAGCACCUGCUGGUCUUCCUUUGGGAGCUUGUUACCAGUGGCAAAUACAAUGACCAGAGAGCCUUCUGUAAACAAAAGUUUUUUAAUCUUAACAGUUAGCAACAAAGUAAAACAUGAGAGAGAGGAUUUUUAAACAACAAAAGGCCUACGUAUUGUCUGUCUCAUCUAAGCCCUUCCACUCUGCAAGAGGACCUAGAAAGGCUUAGCUUUGUUAGACACUAAGUCAGGUGUCAGUCUGUUUCCCCUGAACAACUUCCCGAUAACCGUCUGACUGUUGGCCAGAGAGUCUUUUUAACCAGCCAGAAGUUGUCUUCUCACAUUCCUGUGCUUUGACUCUGCUGCUCAAAACCUAUUUGGUGGGCUCCAUUCAGGUCAAGCCCACCUCUUGAGUCAUUGUUUUGCCUUCUUGUUUGUUUAUUUUUUUUACAACAGCCUGCUAUUAAACUAAACCAACAUC